UAAAAAGCGAACGCUGCCCACUUCGAGCCGGGUAACAGAUGCAAAUGAACCCAACCACUAAAGAGCUCUAUAGCUACCGCUCGCGGAGAGACUUUCCUCCGGCAGACUUAGAGACCUUGCUUCUGCGCCCAACUGCAAGAAAUGUCCUCCUGGAAGACCUGGAGACAGCCAGCGCCGGCACCAAGCUCGCGAGAGCCAGCUUUGCAACCCCACCUCGACUUAGCGACGAGAAGGUUAUGAUUAGGAGGAAGAGUCGGGCUAUAGCAAAAAUGGCCAAGUCGUUUUUGCCGGAGCCGCCACGCCUUAGGUCAAAACCUACUUCUCGACCUACGUCGCUCACACUUGGUGGAUUUUUGUAGAGCUAUCCUCGUUGUGGCAAAUGUACGUCCAGGGUGUGCUAUUCAUUCAAUGUGCCAAGACCGGUUCAUUACGCGGAUCGUAUGUCACGCAAAAGCUCUUGCAGAAUCACCCGCGAGGCCAAGUGGCCCAGCGAAAACGCCAGGACAAUAGGCUCGCUCUCUUCCAUCAAGAGACAGACCUCUGAAGAACACAGUCAUUAUGACGUGUGUCCAAGUAUGGAGGCUCCUGAGCAUACGAUGAGGAAUAGUAUCAUGUAUCGACAAGUCACACGUGUAUAACUCGGCCUCUAAUGUCAAGCUUCAAAAGAAUGUGUGUUAGCUCGAACAGGAUACCUGUGUGAGCAAAAUGUACGCUGUCUACACC